AACAUUAAAAAUAAUAAUAAUAAAAGAAAAGAAAGAAAGAAAUAAAAAAAAAAAAGCCUUUAAUUAGAUUUCACAUUAUAAGUACCAUACUACCAUCGCUCCCUUUGGUACUGUAGCUCAUCUCUAGCAAGCUUGCAGAGCCAAAAAAAAAAAAAAAAAAAACAAAUGGAGGCCAGCCAUGCUUCACCUCUUCACACCGAUAACGUCGCCGGUUGGACGACCAUGAACCGUGUAUUUGCGGUGGUUUAUGCGACGGCCAUAAUGGCCUUGCUCUAUCACCAUGCACUCACACUCCUCCUCCAUUCCACCACCAUCUCAUCCUUCCUUAUCUCUGUCUGCUUGUCCAUCUCCGACGUUGUUCUUGCUUUCAUGUGGACGAUGUCGCAGUCUGUUCGUAUGCGUCCGGUUUACCGGAAAGAAUUCCCGGAAAACAUCAAGAAAGUGGUAAAAGAAUCCGAGUUUCCGGCAAUAGACUUGUUCAUAUGCACGGCGGAUCCACACAAGGAGCCGCCUAUGAGCGUCGUGAAUACUGCGUUAUCUGUAAUGGCUUAUGAUUACCCGAUGGAGAAGGUUUCGGUGUAUGUUUCCGACGAUGGAGGCUCGGCUUUAACCCUUUUCGCGUUCAUGGAGGCUGCAAAGUUUGCCAGCCACUGGUUGCCUUUUUGCAGGAAGAACAAUGUUGUAGAGCGGAGCCCUGAAGCUUAUUUUGCUACCAACCAUUAUUUUUCCGCCAGCUCUGAGUCUGAAACUCAAAAAAUAAAGAGUUUAUAUGAAAGUCUGAAAGAGAAGGUGGAAAAUGUGGUUGAGAUAGGGAAAGUUGGCGAGGAACACAUUAUCCAUGAACGAGAUCUCCAAGCUUUCAGCAAAUGGAAUACUCCUGAAUUCACCCGCCAUGAACAUCCCACUGUCAUUCAGGUUAUAUUGGACAGCAGCAGAGACACAGAUAUCACAGGUAAUGUGAUGCCAAACCUCAUCUAUGUCUCCAGAGAGAAAAGCAGGACUUCUAUACACCAUUUCAAAGCUGGUGCUCUUAACGUUCUUCUUCGUGUAUCAGCUGUCAUGACCAAUGCACCGGUGGUCAUGACCUUGGAUUGUGAUAUGUACUCCAACGAUCCUCAAACCCCUCUACGAGUCCUCUGUUACUUGUCGGACAAGAAACUUCAACCGAAACUUGGCUACAUUCAAUUCCCUCAGCGGUUUCGUGGGAUCAACAAGAAUGAUAUCUAUGCUUGUGAGUUCAAAAGACUCUUUCACAUCAACGCGGUUGGGUUCGAUGGUUUAGGAGGGCCCGAUUAUUUGGGAACUGGUUGUUUCUUCUCCAGACGUGCUUUCUUCGGAGGACCGUUGGCUUUUGUAUCGCCGGAGAUUCCUCAACUGGGUCCGGAAAGUGAUGUGGAGAAGCCUAUUCAGUCUCCCGAAGUUUUGGAGUUGGCUCAUCUUGUGGCUGAUUGCAAUUAUGAGAAGCAGACUCAGUGGGGCUUCAAGAUUGGUAUGAGAUAUGGAUCAUUGGUGGAGGACUAUUUCACUGGGUAUCGUUUGCAAUGUGAGGGAUGGAAUUCCAUAUUCUGCUACCCGGAAAGAGCUGCAUUUUAUGGGGAUGCACCAAUCAGCCUUGUUGAUAUGCUAAAUCAGAACAAAAGGUGGGUCAUAGGCCUCCUUGAGGUAGCUUUCUCUAAAUAUUGUCCUCUAGCCUUUGGGAUUCAGGCAAUGGGUCCUCUAAUGGGUUUUGCUUAUGCCUUUUAUGCAUUUUGGUCCAUUUGGUUCAUCCCAAUUACUGUAUAUGCCUUCCUUCCCCAAUUAGCUCUCAUCAAUGGAGUUACCAUCUUCCCAAAGGUUUCCGACCCAUGGUUUUUGUUGUAUGUAUUUCUUUCCCUUGGAGCUUAUGGUCAAGAUUUAUUGGAUUUUCUGGUACAUGGAGGAACAAUACAAAGGUGGUGGAAUGACCAAAGGAUAUGGCUAAUUAGGGGCCUAUCAUGCUUUUGGUUUGGACCCAUUGAAUACUUUUUGAAAUGUUUAGGAAUUUAUACACAUGGGUUUAACGUCACGAGCAAAGUUCUGGAUGAUGAACAGAGCAAAAGAUAUAAACAAGAGGUAUUCGAGUUUGGAGUUCAAUCACCCAUGUUCGUGCCUUUGACAAUGGCUGCAUUCGCUAACCUUGGUGCAUUUGUUUGGGGGGUUUUGGGAGUUUUGAGAGGAAGCAAAGAUUUAGAGGAGCUCUUUGUGCAGAUUUUUAUAGCAGGUUUUGGUACACUGAAUUGCAGGCCUGUUUAUCAUGCUUUGGUUAGGAGGAGUGACAAAGGAGGACUACCUAUGAAAACCACUUUACUUUCAAUGGUUCUUGCUUUUCUUCUUACUGUAGCAUUUUCUUUUGUCUUGAGGAACUGAAUGAAAACGGUCCCACCCAUGCUUAUUGUAUAACUUUAUAAUAUUUUUCAGCUCUGGAAACCUGAACACAAUUUGUCCAGGAUUCACUAUAUUACCACUUGUGGGGUUGUGAAAGACACUUUCUUGUCAGUAAUAGGCCAAAAAGGCAACCAAGCAUUGGUCCUCUGGUUUA